UCGAGGCAGUCACGAUGAGUAGUCUCCAUUGCAUAUUUGUUUUUCUGGCACUGGCAGUUGUCAGCAAGCCUAGCAUUGCUGAUGAAGAUCAACCGCAUGUUAUUCUAAUAUUUGUGGAUGACAUGGGAUGGAAUGACGUACAUUGGCACAACCCUGAUAUUGCAAUGCCCAACUUGAUGGAUCUCGCCGACGAUGGCGUCAUAUUCGAACAGUCUUACACCCAUCCCACAUGUACACCAUCAAGAGCUGCUAUGAUGACGGGAUUGUAUCCUUUCAAAACAGGAAAUCAACAUCAAAUGGUGUUCAACCUUCAUCCUAGUGGGGUUCCAUUGAAUUUCAAACUAUUACCAGAAAAACUUAAAGAAGUUGGAUACGCUACUCAUAUGGUUGGAAAAUGGCAUUUAGGGUUCUGUAAAGAUGAGUAUCUACCAACAAAUCGUGGUUUUGACUCACACUAUGGUCUAUGGACAUUGGGCGUCGGUGACUACGAUAAAUUGAACGGAGUACUAUCUCCUUCGGCAGGAUAUGACUUCCGUGACAACUUGGAAGUGGUACCAAAAAGUGACGGUUAUCUUGCAUUAAUGCUUGGUGAUAGAGCAGAGGAAAUAGUAAAUAAUCAUUCCCCAGAAACUCCACUGUUCCUUGUGUUUACGCUGGACAUCCCUGCUAAGCAUCUGGAGAUUCCAGAAGAGUAUGAAGAACUAUAUGCAGAUAUCGAAGAUGAUAGAACUAGGCAAUUUUAUGGAAAGUUGACUAUGAUGGACGAUAUAAUUGGCGGUGUAGUGGAUGCGUUGAAAGACCGUGACAUGUAUGACGAUUCGCUAUUCAUAUUCAUAGGAGACAAUGGAGCGUUAUCAUCUCAAGCUGGGUCCAACUAUCCAUUCCGCGGUAUUGCUGGAACGCUGUUUGAGGGCGCUACUCGCGUACCAUCUAUUGUCAGUGGGAAAGGAAUAGAGAAGACUGGAUAUAAAAGCAAUGAGUUAUACAGCAUAGUCGAUAUACACAGAACAAUCCUUGAUGUGGCUGGGGCAAAAGCUGAGCCUGAACUUGACGGUUUAAGUAUGUGGCCUACAUGGUCAGAAGAUGAACCAUCGCCAAGAAAUGAAAUUAUCUAUAAUAUCGAUGAUGAUCCAGUGUCCCCUGGUGCUGCUAUCAGGAUCGGAGACUAUAAACUGAUUACAGGACAUCCGGAUUUAUUGUAUCCAUAUCGGGAUAUCCGUUUAACAGAUAACUAUUACAACUACGGUGACCCCCCAGCAAGCGGAUUGCCAACUACAGAUCAAGAAGCAAACGCACCGGCUCCACAGAACGUAGAAUACUUGUUCAAUAUCGUAGAUGACCCAGAAGAACGACACGACAUCUCCGCUGACAAUCAAGAUAUAGUACAAGAUUUACGUGAUCGAUUGGAUGAACAUCGUAAAUUGCUACAUCCACCAGUAAACCAAACAACAGAGCUAGCCGGUUCCGCCGCGAAUUUUAAUGAUGUCUGGUCGCCUGGUUGGUGUUAAAUGGCCUGAAACAUACACUCAAAUCCUACGACAUCUCCAUUCGUUUUUAAUAAAUUUUUAACUACUGAAUCUAUAGUAUCCCUUACUAUUCAAUACUUAUUUUCUGUCUAAUAUUACCUAUUUAAUCUGUUAAUGUACAGACUAUAUUUCAUUUGUAGCUUUCUGUAACACGUGACAAGAAAUAUCCCCUUGUAGGUUCGUUGGGUUUUCAAAGGUAUCAAAUAAAAGUUCAUUGUUAAGAUGA